AUGACGUCCCGCCUGGGCGAUAUUUCAGCGCAGCUGUGGGCCAAAAUCCUUGAUAAUCGCAACAAGCUCACUACGACCGGUGGUAUAGUAGUUGGAGUCUUGUUGACUUUGGCCUUCAAAGACUUUUACCCAGACCUCGAAUCUGCCUUCAGACGCCGGUUGCGCAUGGUUCGCACCAACGUGCAUCCAGUGCCAGGUCACGGUGACUACAUCCAAAUUCAAGAUCACACAGGACGUGCAGAGCUACCGGAUCAGGGGACGCAAAUCCGAGGACGCGGUACACUCGCAACUGUCGAAGAUAUAGCCCUUGGUAUUGAGGGAUUGAUCGGAAACACGCCCCUCAUUAAGUUGGCUUCGCUCAGUGAAGCUACUGGUUGCGAAAUUUUGGCAAAGGCGGAGUUUCUAAAUGGGGCAGGCAACUCUCCAAAGGACCGCGUCGCUCUGGCGAUGAUCUCCAACGCUGAAGCCGAAGGGCUGCUCGUGCCUGGUCGUGGCGAUACAAUCUACGAAGGUACAGUCGGAUCUACAGGUAUCUCUCUGGCUGCGGUUUGUAGAGCACGAGGGUACAAAGCAUAUAUUUGUAUGCCAGAUGAUCAAGCCAUUGAGAAGAGUGACCUUCUGCACAAAUUAGGUGCCACCGUGGAACGCGUUCGGCCAGCAUCGAUUGUGGAUCAAGAGCAAUUCGUCAAUACGGCUCGCAGACGAGCACAAGAACACACAGACGACCCGCAUCGACCGGGCCGCGGGUUUUUCGCAGACCAAUUCGAGAAUACUUCGAAUUACCUUGCUCAUGAAGAGACCACCGGACCUGAGAUCUACCAGCAGGUCAAUGGCAGACUGGACGCGUUCGUAGCAGGCGCUGGUACCGGAGGCACAAUUUCUGGAGUUGCGUUGGCUUUGAAGCCACUGAUCCCGGGGCUCCGAAUCGUACUUGCUGACCCUCAAGGAUCAGGCCUGUACAACAAAAUCAAAUUUGGAGUCAUGUUCAGCCCGACUGAAGCCGAAGGCACGCGACGAAGGCACCAGGUGGACACUAUCGUCGAGGGUGUUGGCAUCAACCGGUUGACUGCAAACAUGAACGCUGGUCUUCACCUGAUUGACGACGCGGUAAGGGUCACGGACGAGCAAGCAAUGCGGAUGGCACGGUGGCUGGUUGAAAAGGAAGGGCUCUUCGUGGGAUCUAGCAGCGCUGUCAAUUGUGUUGCAGCCGCUAAGCUGGCACGGCAGCUCGGGAAAGGCCAUCGCAUCGUGACCAUCAUCUGUGAUUCCGGCACCAGGCACUUGUCCAAGUUUUGGAAAGCAGCCGGUGACGUUGCUGAUAGUGACGCUGAGUACAGUCUGGACGAGAUUUUGGAUCCAAAGUAG